AAUAGCCGGGCUGAGCCUGGGGCUUAGGAACCCAGCCGGCGAGGCCCGCGGCAGCGCCAGAACCAGCAGCAGGCGACGGACAGCGCACAAGGUGAGGAGGAAACCAGUGUUGGGAGUCCACCCAAGGAGAACUCAGGCGACCAAACUAGCACAUCCGCUAUUUCUGUGUAUGGGCAUUGGAGACAUUUGUUUCUGAGUCAAAGCUAUCUACAAAACCAUGGCUAAUACAAGAACAGUACUUGAUGUUGAAGAGUACCCCGACACUGAGGUACAGAAAAACCGAGUGCUAGCUCUGGAAGAAUGGCAAGAAAAGUGGGUGAAUCACAAAAUUGCAUUUCACCAAGAACGAGGACAUCAGCUAUUAAAGAAGCAUUUGGAUACUUUUCUUAAAGGCGAGAAACAACUGAGGGUAUUUUUUCCUCUUUGUGGAAAAGCAGUUGAGAUGAAAUGGUUUGCAGACCGAGGACACAGUGUAGUUGGUGUGGAAAUCAGUGAACUUGGGAUACGGGAAUUUUUUACGGAGCAGAAUCUUUCUUACUCAGAAGAACAAAUUAUGGAAAUUCCUGGAGCCAAAGUAUUCAAGAGUUCUUCAGGGAACAUCUCAUUGUACUGUUGCAGUCUUUUUGAUCUUCCCAGAGCAAAUAUUGGCAAAUUUGACAGAAUUUGGGAUAGAGGAGCAUUAGUCGCUAUUAAUCCAGGUGAUCGCAAACGCUAUGCAGAUAUAAUGUUGUCCCUAACAAGAACUGGGUUUCAGUACCUCUUGUCUGUUUUUUCUUACGAUCCAACUAAACAUGCAGGUCCACCAUUUUAUGUUCCAGAUGCUGAAAUUAAAACAUUGUUUGGUUCAGUGUGCGAUAUUCAUUGUCUGGAGAAGGUUGAUGCUUUUGAAGAACGACAUAAAAGUUGGGGAAUUGACUACCUUAUUGAAAAGUUAUAUCUAUUUAUAGAAAAGUAAAUGAGACGUAAAUAGAAGCAAGUAAUAUCAACAUGUUUUUGAGCAAUUGAAAAUUGUGCUAAGGCAUGAAAAUAUAAUAGAUGACUUUUGGAAAAAAAUUCUUCACAAAUCACAUCACAGAUCUUUGCUCAAAAAUGCUUAUAACUUUUUAGGAAAAAAAACCACGUACUUUGGAAAAGAGAGUGUGAUUGGGGGCGAAAGAUUAUACCUGUGUGUCUUACUUACAGAUUGCAAGAAUUUUUUGCAAUCAGCAUGUAUUACUUGUAUAAUUAAAGAAUAAAAGAGAAAUAUAAUGCAUAUAACUUAAAUAUAAUAGACAGAAACAUUGGCAUUCUUUAUGAAAUUUAGAACCAUUGGGUAAAUGUAACACUUUAAUGGGGUCCAAGGUAAAAGGUAGUGGUCUAAGACAUUAUAUAAAACAUUAAUUUUUACUAUAAACCCUCAUACUGUACUCAAUCCUAGCACUCCUUUUCACAUUUUUUCUCCUUAUAUAAUUUUAUAUGUGACAGAAUGAAGAAAUAAAUUUUUAAA